UACAUGGCUAUUAUGUUAUUAUACCAUGUAUAUUUUCCUGUCUUGUGCAGACCCAAAAAAUGAGGAAAAAUCUCUAUAUUUUUUAGUUUUCAUGACAAAGUUUAUUAGCGUAUUUAAUUAGCCAAAACUUUCCCUUCAUACAUACUCUUUACUUCUUCCACCUCCAUUACUUCUGCAUAUGAGUAACUUUAAACUAAAGGCUUCACUAGAAAGAAGAGCUGCUCUUAAGUAAUAAUUGUCCCCUUUAUUAAAUGCUCUGCCAAACUUUUGUGUCACAGUCAGCCUUGGAUGGAGGAUGUCAUUGUCCCGGGCCUCUACAACGACUGUGGUUAUACUGGUCACUAUGUUGUGAUAUGUGGCUACGAUGCUGGUGCAGACGAGUUUGAAAUCAGAGAUCCUGCCAGUUCUGGGAAACAUGAGAGGGUCUCAUCAAAGCACCUAGAAGAAGCUCGAAAAUCCUUUGGUACUGACGAAGAUCUUCUCCUGAUAUCCCUGGGGAAGAGUGAGAAGUAGACCUUUUCUUGAGCAUAACUUUCUUCAUGUCAAUCCGAUUAUGUGACAUUACAGCUUGCGUAUAUUACAAAUUUGUGUAUAAUAUGUGCAUCCAAACUGAUAAAAUCUCUCACUUCACUUUACAUGCAUAUAUGCUUGUAAGUAUUUAAUUCAUAUUUAAAUGUAAAUUAACAUAUAAUUUUAGUAAAUUCUUUUCUUUUAAUAGAUUGUGUAUUAUUCUUCCAAAUAAUGUUGAGACACAGGCAGUUGCCCUGUCUUCAAACAGAUUCUGAAAGCUCAGUUAUACCAUUUUUUCUUCAAUAAAUUGGUCCGCUUUUCAUUGGCACUUUUGUUUAUUAAAUUAUGCUUCAAUUACUUUGCAAAUGUAUUUUUUUUUUCUUCUUAAUUAUCUCAGUAGUGUUCUUGAAAUCGAAAAUAUUAUCGGUACUGCUAAAUACUGACCACCUCCUGUUUAAGAUAAAAUUGUAAUCU